CCUUGACGACAGAGGGGUCGAAGGUCAUCUGAACCCGGAACAUCAACAAAGCAAACAAAGGCGGCGGGAGAGAAGUUAAAGUCCGUCAGUUUCGCCUCCGGUUCCCGCCGACAUGUUCUCCGUUUUACUGCCCACUAACAGUUUGCUGGUGGCGGCUCUCAGUCUGCUCCUGACCCGCCUGUCCAGCUCCUCUCUGUCGGUCCCGGACAUCCCGCACAUCGCCGCUUAUUUCGGGACCAAGACCCGGUACGAGGAGGUGAACCCGCACCUGCUGCGGGACCUGACCUCCGUCAACACGUCUGUCCUCAAACCUCCGCCCAACGAGCGCUGCUCCCCGGUCCACCUGACCGCCGUCAUCAGGCACGGCAGCCGGUACCCGACCGUCAAGAACAUCCGCAGGAUCCAGAAACUGAGCGAGCUGGUCCGGAGGGAAGCUUCCAGAGGCUCCGGGGGCCCCGAGGACUGGCUGCGGGAGAUCCAGAGCCGCUGGGACAUGUGGUACACCGAGGACAUGGACGGUCAGCUGGUGAUGAAGGGCAGGGAGGACCUGCGGCACCUGGCGAGGCGUCUGGCCGCCGUGUUUCCGUCCCUGCUGUCGGAGGAGAACCUGAGGACGAGGAGGAUCAGCUUCGUCUCCAGCUCCAAGCAUCGCUGUGUGAGCAGCGUGGAGGCGUUUCAGGAGGGACUGCAGCAGCACUGGGGGCUCCAGGAGGUGGAGUACAGCCACCAGGUGGACGACGAGCUGAUGCGUUUCUUCGAGCGUUGCCGUGGUUACGUGGAGGGCGUGGAGAAGAACCGCACGGCACUGAGGGAGGUGGAGAGGUUCAAACACGGCGAGGAGAUGGAGGGAGUGAGGAGGAGGAUGGCCGAGAGACUGGGCCUUCCUCACCACCGCCUCACAGCGGAUCUGGUUGAAGCAGCGUUCUUCUUGUGUUCCUACGAGCUGUCCAUCAAGUCUCUUCACUCUCCGUGGUGUUUCCUGUUCGACGAGAACGACGCAAAGGUGUUGGAAUACAAGUCGGACCUGAAGCAGUACUGGAAGCGUUCCCAUGGUCAUGUGAUCAGCGGUCUGUCCAGCUGUCCUCUGUUCCACCACGUCUUCAGGACGCUGGACAAAGCCGGACGUCCCCGCAGGUCCACCGAGGCAUCCCCUGAGCCCGCCUCCAUCCUGCUGGGUCACGCCGAGACGCUCCUCCCCCUCCUCUCUCUGCUGGGACUCUACAAGGACCAGACUCCGCCCACUGCCAACAACUACCACGCACAGCACGGUAGAAGUUUCCGGAGCGGCCGGAUCGUCCCGUACGCCGCCAACCUGCUCUUCGUCCUGUACGACUGUCAGCGCGGACCCCGCCUGCAGCUGCUCAUCAACGAGUCUCCAGUUCGAUUCCCGGGGCUGGAGGCUGAGGAUGCCCCGCUGUACCGGGAUGUCCGCGCCACAUACCGCCACCUGCUGGACGGCUGCGACUUCAACAGGGAGUGCGAGGGCCGGACUGGAGGCCGAGGACCCAACACUGAACUCUGAGAGACCCGAUCCAGUAGAACCACAGAGUCCAGUCCAGAACCUGAAUCCUCCUUCUCCACACCUUCAAAUGUUACCCGACAGUGAAUCGACUCAUCGCUAAACCCCGCCCUCAAACACCGAUGGUUCAGUUGCAGCUCAUCAGCAGCAACAGGUGUUCAGACUCGCUGAGUUUAAACCAGUUGGACUAGACUAACUAGUUGUUCAGAUCAGUCUGAACAUGAACCUGACAUCACACUCAGCAUUAGCUUAACUUAGCAUAGCUGAGCUGUGAUCCACAGUUCGGUUACAUUUCAAUGUGUUAUUGACGCUGCUGUGACACAAUAAUAAUAACAAUAACAAUAACAAUAAUAAUAAAUGAUGGCGGGUGAGUAAGUUUGCUCUUGCAGCUUCUCACCAUGUUUUUACCUGUGAUUCUAAAAUCAAACCAAAAUAUUUCAGUAAUGAAACGAGUUCAAAACAUCAACACUAAAAACAUCGACAGUAAAUGUCACUGAUGAAAAUAAAAACUAAAGUUUUCUAAACCUGAAGACUCGGACUAGUCCUAGGUCACAUCCUAGAAAAUAUUAAUAUUAAAUAUUAGAGUCUUGAGUUAUGGCUAAAAAGUGUUUUCUGAGGUCUUUGUGACCUUUGACCACUAAACUCUAAUCACAUCAUCCUUGAGUCCAGGUGAAUUUUUGUGCCAAAUUUGAAGAAGGUCCGUCAAUCGCUGGGUGGAGAAAUAAAAAAUUAACACUUACUUAAUCCCAAAGGAAAACUAGAGAAUUAAAAUGAGGUAAAAUGUACUAAAACAGAAUCUUAACAGGUUCAAUAUUAAAUUAAAUCCAUAUUUGAAUAAAUAUGAGAUAAAGAAUUGAAUGAAUUAUUAAUAAAUUCAUAAAUUUUUCUUUCAAAAUGAUCAUUUUAAAGUCUGUUUUUAUAUUUCACAGAUAUUUGGGAAAUGGGACUGAAGCUUCUGGAGGUCCUGGUUCUGACUGGAGUUCUUCUUCUCUGAAAGAAUCAGUUUCUAAGGUUUUAGGUGAACUGGCCCUUUAAUCUUCAGAUGGAAAUCUUUGACUUUUAUUUUGACAGGUUGAUUCAGGAUCGUGAAACUUUAUGUUUAUUUAUUCAGAUUUUUAUGAUCAUGUGGCUUUGGCUUGAUUUUCUACUGAUUUUGGUUUGUGGGUUUGACUGAGGGAGGAUUUCACAAUAAAAGCUCUGGUUACUCUGCAGGACGUCUGCAGUGUUUGAAGCUGAGUUUGUGUCUUUAAGGUAAAUUUGUUUGUCUGUUUUCUGUCUUUGUGCCUGAAUAAGUUUAAAAUGACAGUUCAGCUUUUUCUGAGGUUGUUGAUGUUAAAACUUGGUGCUUUUUGUUUUUAUUUCCUGUGGAAUUAUUCCUGAUGAGUGCCAAAUGUUUCAAAUUAAAAGCUUUAAUAAAGGUUUUUCAGUCAUAACGGA